AUGCCAUUUGUGUGCUCGUUUCGCGUAGACCCUCCGCACUCAACGCCAGAACAUUCCGGACCGACCAACUAUUCCAAUAACUCGUCUACUUCACUAUUAUUGCUACAACAGUCCUCGGAGCCUUUGGAGGGCGCCUCGACAGCGAUGUCAAGAGCUCGGAACGAUUUGGCCGGAGCAAAGCCUGAAUCCAUGCUAUUAAAAUCUACCACUGAACCGCGUUCUCCCAGGAGACUCAAUAUAUGCGGCUUUUCACCUCUUCCGCCUAUCAUUGCAUCCCCCAUCUGCACACCAACACCCAGUCAAUCCUCACAGUCGCGGUCUGGGUCGUUUUUUACCACUACUGACGCCAAGGACAACACAAGCGCUGAUACAAGCGCCUCUUCUUGUUCGUCUCUUCGCGUCCUUUUGUCACCUUCAACCCCUACCUGGAUCGCAACCCCACCUACCCCACCUUCUAAAUCUGUUCGUAGAUCUAACACUUCUUCCCGAAGACGCUCGGUUUUCAAAGCACUAUCACCUUCUGCCUCAUUUCCUGCCUCAAUGCAUCCACACGGAAAUCAGAAUGUGAAGACACUUAAACGUUCGUCCUCCUUACCUACUUUUGCGUAUCAUCUCGGUCCUCUGUCUUUUUCGCCCACAAAUUUCAUGUGCGAGGAUAUUGUAGAGUGCUCCGACGCGCUUUCUACUUGGCCUGGUGAAACCCCUUUGGACGCAACAUUUUCCGUUAUUGACGGUUUUCUCGGCCCGGACAAUACCCUAAGGAGCAAAGAUCAUUCGUAUUCCAAUAUUUUUCAUCUAUCUAACGCCACUAGUCAAGGAGAGGAAGAGAGCACAGUAUGCGAAAAGAGUGGUGCAUGUACUCCAGAUGAACCUAGCCCGGAUGGAAGCUGGAGUGAUCACAGCGUUGAAGACAUCUGGGAGAUAGAAAGACACAAGGACGCUCUCCGCAAAUACCACGCACUCAAGGAACUACUAGCCACAGAAGUUGGUUAUCUCGUGGAUUUGAAGGCUUUAGUGACGGUUUACCUUCGCAACCUUCCUACGUUGGCUGUCCGACCUCUAUCCACGAGUUCGACAUUUAGCCGUGCUUCUUCAUCAUUCGCCACCGGGCCCUGGAUACACUCGUAUGCCCAGCUUCAGGCUACCGCAUUGUCUUCAUCAGCCACCCUGCCUGAUACGCAAAACAUACCAUCGUCUGCUUCUGCUUCCAUACAAACGCCUGCCAAAGUCAACCUUCGCUAUUUGUUCAGUGAUAGCGAGCUCGAAUCUUUGACAAGGAAUGCGGAAGAGAUUCUAUCAUUGCACGAGCAUUUCGUCAGGGAAUUACGCGCGAUAUUGGAUCCUUUGGGCAUCGCCGUCGACCACGUUGACGAAGAUCACGGACACCAUCAUCUUGCGAGGCUUGAUGAUGCUAUCCGCGCUGUUUCAACUAAAUUUGCAACUGAGGCGUCCCGUUUUAAUGCAUACCAAAUAUUUUGUGCUGGCCACCCAGAAGCGAUGGACAUUGUCAGAAAAGGGUUUCAACAGUUCCCUUUGGAGCUCGAAGCUUUUGAGCAUAGAUGUGCGACCAUGGUUUCCGACAUGCUCGAGGCAGGGACAAAACCACCAGCAUCAGAGCCGAAACACACUUCCUCCGUUGGCUCCGAUUCUCCUACAAAUCAGUCGCAAAGUUUGAACGUUGAUGAUCGGAAAAGAGCAAUGUCUUCCUCUUCUCUAGAUGGUGGCGUUCGAUCUUCGCGCCCCCGUUCCGGCCUUCUUAUGACAAAAGAUUCCGUGGUGUUCCCCUCGGAAUCGAAGAGGGAAAAGACCACUCCUCGUAUCGCUUUCAUGGACUACAUGAUCAAGCCCAUUCAGCGCAUCUGCAAGUACCCACUCUUGCUUGACCAACUUCUUCCUUCGAAGGCGCUUAGGACGCUGGGCCGGAAUACUGAUACUCGGUCUGAUGUUGAUGUUGUUGUGGAAAGUGCGGCGCAAGCCAUGCGCCAUGUAGCUACAUCCGUUGACGAGGCUCGCCACAGGCAAGAGAUUGCGGUCCAAUCUGCCCUUAUUCUUUCUCGUAUUUGCAUCGGGUCUGCAUCGGCCUCGCCUUCGCCUUCUGCACAACCACUUACACUAGAGUUCUUUGCUUCACUCGGCAAUUGUCUUCUUUCCGGUUCCCUUGACCUCAUGUAUCAUGACCCCAGUCGUCCCCUGGACCAGUCUUCGAGCAUCAAGGCGAAAUAUUUUGGAGCUUUUUUGUAUACAGGGGGUUAUCUGAUCUUAGUCAAAGUCUCUAAAGGGAAGAAGUACGAACCCAAGCAUUGGUUUUCACUAGUCGACUUCGAGGUUUCUGAUGUUGAAGAUGACGGAUCAUUGCUGCCUUGUUCUUUCAGACUUUCGUUCGGUGAUCGGCAUUUUGAGCUUGCGGCUGCUUGCCAACGUGAAAAAGAUGCAUGGCUUAGCUCCAUCCAUGAGUCGCUAACUCACGUUCCCACUUGGAUAAAUGAACCUACCCCUAGCUUCAAGUUUGACGACAAAGGUGAACUCCUUCCCGGGUCUGACGAUGGGAAUAUUGAGGUUCCUCAGACGGGCCUGGCUACUAUUCGAUCUAUACCAGAACUUGGCGGUCAUGCUUCAGAUGCAGAAUUCUCUGAGCCUUUUUUUGCUUCCUUGAGAGGCCACGGAAAGUCUAGGAAAAGGAGACCAGGAUACGAGACGCCUCCUCCAUCCAAGCAAGAUAUACCUCCACCCCCUAGCCGUCGGUCGUCUUCUACUUCUGUUAAAGCGAUCUUUUCGCCGAUGGGCUCCGAUAAUGAGACAGUUCUUAUUAGGCGGUCCUCGCCUGCGGCACGUCUUCAAGUGGAUCAAGAAUUGCAAGACGUUAUUUCGCAAUCCAUCUUGACAGCACGAUCGCACGCCUUCAGCCAUGAAGUUGAGUUGUUUCAAGCUCCAAAAACGACUAGGUCGGGUUUCUCUCGUUCCAAUUCGGCAAUUGGAAUGGCUGGCAUGGGAAGAUUGUCCAAGCAUGAAAGUGUUCGCGUUCCUAGGCGUAGGACCACUGAAAGUUUAGAUGGACUUCUGAACAGAGGAUCGUCUCCUUUGAACAAAUCUGCAUCAUCAUCUUCUGCCCGCAGAAAUCUCAAGAAACUCAGUCUUACGUCAAUUGAUUAUGAACUACCGUCCCUUCCGGUGGAAUCACCCUGCCCCUCUUCGCCUUCUUCCCAAGCAUCUUCACGCGUUACUUCUCUUCUAGUCGCCGACAACAAUCCUCCCGUUCUGGACGUUCCUACAACAUUCAUUUCGUCGGAGAAAUUGCCCGCGAAAUCGCGCUCAUUUGUCCGCAACGUUAGAGGAAUAUUUCACCUUCGCCCUAACUCCCCUAUGUCUGUCAUUGUCAGUCACCCCAGCCAAUCCUCCGUUCCUUUGUCUGGCCCAAUGCCUGGUCAGCCUAUGACCCACUAUAGCAUGUUACAUCGUUGGACUGUGCGCCGACGUGCGCGAAGUGUGCAUGACGAACCUAGGCCCUCCCUUACGAUGUUCGACGAUAAUAAAAAGUCAUACACUGUCACACCAUCGAGAACAAGUACUCCGUUGUCGACGUGA